UUUUAUGUGCAUAUUUUAAUGGCGGACAGUAAAGAUGGCUGACUUUCUGAAAGGUUUGCCAUCACACAAUGAAAGCAAUUUUACCAAAUUCCACACAGAUUCAAGCUGUAAAGUAGGGGUGCGAAAACCUGGGGUGUAUAUUUCUACUAAAGAUUUCCCAUCAGAACAAGUAAUUACCACAGAAAAGACCAAUAUCUUGUUACGAUAUCUCCACCAGCAGUGGGAUAAAAAGAAUGUCAGCAAGAAAAGGGAUUCCAGUAAAGCCAGUCUAGAUUCUUCUGAAUCUGCAAAUUCUCCUUCAACCAAAAUGCCACGUUUAAAUUCUCAGGAUGAGGGAUCAUAAUAGAUGAUGUAUGUGUGUGACUGGCCAAUCACAGCAUUUCUUACAAAUCAACCAGCAAUUGGAUGUGGCAGAAGUGGAGAAGCUAAAGUUGAAGUUACAGUGCUUCUCUUUGGCUGAUUUUCAGAGAAGAAUUGCAGUUUUAUUGAUGUACAUGGUUGACAAAUAGUUGCCAUGAUGCUUUUUAUUUUAUUUUGAUAAUUAUAAAUAUAUCCAUUGUGUAUACACCCUGUAGCUUACAGAUUUUUUUAUGAAUUAUUCAUGUAAGUGAUAUAAUUAGUUGACUGAGUAUAUUUGCAUCUUCUCUGAGGAUCAUAUGAUUUCAAACUAAGAUCUUAAUUGAUAGAAAAAGAUAUGUUCUAUCAAUCAUAUUAAGUCAUUGAUAACUACCACUAUCCAAUAAGUAAGAACAUGCUGUAGGAUCUGGUCAGGUUGUAAAGGACAGGUGGUGUCUGUUGGUUAAGAUGGAAUGUUAUGGACAUAUGUAUAGGAUAAAUGGUUUUUGUCAGAUAUGUAUAUAUGUAUGAUAUAAAUGUCUGUCGAACAGAUUUCUGUUGAAUACUGGUACUAGAUAAAAGAAAGACAUCGGUAUGAAAAAUUUUCCAUCAAUGAACACAUUUGUUAGAUGGUAUAAGAUGGUGUUUGUCAAUCAAAUUAGUAAGCAAGAUCCCCACACUUGUAACGUAGGAAGUUUGUCCUUGAUUUCCCAGAUUGGUAACCAGCAGGGUUGGACAGAAUGGUAAAACAAGGCUUUUCUGAAACCAUCAAAAAGUAUUUCUCAAACAAAUAUCUUUUUACAUCUGAUAUGAAUUGUAUGUGUUGGAUUAUUUUUUUCUGUGUCAUUUUUUUUUCUUCUUUUUUUUUUUAAAGAUUUCUGAAGACAGUAUUGGUUUAUAUUGUAAAUGUGGUGUACGAUGUGACUGAUUUGGAGUAUACACUGUAUGGACUUUACACAAUACCAGUAUUCUAUAUUGAACAAGGGUUAAAUCAAAUCAUUGAUGAAUGCAAUUUGAGACGAGAUGAAUGUUAUACAAGAAAAUGGCAACUUGAAAGGCUUGCUAUGUUGGAUCAGUUUAAAUUGUCAGUUAAAGAUUCACUUGUUUUGCUAAUGUGUGGGAUUUGAUUCAAAGAUAUUUAGCUGUGGAUUUUCCUACUACUAUGUUUUAUGUGGGUAAAGAAGUUUGCUGUUAAUUAAGCCUACCUGUGUAUAUACUACAUGUUUAAUUAGAAGUUGCUGAAUGUAUGGUUGGGUAUCUCUGAAUUUCAAACUUGAAGGAAUUAAUUUAUGUUUUUGACUGCUUAUAUUUAGGAAUUAUUUUUCUGAAAAAAAAUGCUUCAAAAUGUCAUUGUGAAUUUGCUUACAAAAUUGAUUGCUGGAAUCCCACUUCAUUUUAUAUAAUUUUUGGCUAUAUUACUAAUAUUUCCUGCACAUUUGAUAUUGAUAACAGAGAAUUCUGGACUAUCACAUGUGACAUCUUGUAUUAAUUCAUAUUCCACUCAAAAUACAAGCCUUACAUGCAUGUAUGAAAAAUCGGACAAAUGCUAAAUAUUCUUUAGCUUUCUUCUAGUCUGUAAAUUGAUGAAAAUCUAAUGAAAUUUUUGAUGAAACAAAAUUAAGAAUAUCAAAUGAAAUAUAAGGAAUCUAGUUUAUAAUUUUUAAAUUUAUCAAUUGUAAUGGAUUUCAUCCGAUACUCAUAAUUACACUGCGAUAGUUGGGCCAUGGAAAAUGCUAAGAAAGGAACUGUUUAAACCUGUUUAUAAAGUUAAUGUAUGAUGUUUUCCCAGAUAAGUGAUUGCAUGUGACAGUGUAAUCUAUAUGCAUGGACGUGUAAGGAUUGUUUGUGUGAUUCUGGUGACAAUUUAUAUGCAAUGUAUGCUGCACAUAAUUAUGUUGUUAGGUUUCAAAAACUUGUACAUUUUGGACCAAUUGAUGAAAUUAAACCUCAAUUAAUUUUUUUUUUUUUUUGGUUUAGCAGUUUCCUUGGGGGAAAACAAAAUGGGUACUUGUUGCUAUACAUUUUAUGCUUUUGAGCUAUUUUAGAAUUAUACACUUCAGAAAAUUUUACAAGAGUAACCUCCCUUAAGCACCUUUUGUGUACAAAAGUGUUGCAUUUGACAGUUAAUUACUGAUAGUAAAAUCCAAAUUACCAUUAAAGAUAAUUUCACUUUCUAAUGACUCAGCUCUAUACAUAUAGAAAAGACAGCAUGGAUCCUUAAUGUUAUUGAUAAUGUUCCACGAGUUUUUAUUGUGCUGGUUAAAAUGUCCUCUAUCAAGUCUGAUGUGUUGGCGCAUUUGUGAUAAUUCAUUAUUACUUUUGUGUAGAUGAAAAUAUUGCAGAAUAAAUGUCACAUCAGAUGUCAUAUUGUUUAUGAUUUUAUCUCCAUCGUACCAUUAGGUUUUAAGUAAUACUAUUUUAUAAGACACAAUGGGAAGUACAUUUGUACAAUAUAUGUAGUGAUCAGAAUUUGUUGUAAAAUUUCCGUGCUAAUCACGGAUCUUACCAGCUUUGACAUAAUGAAAUAGAGGACAUCAGAAAGUUUUCUGUCUUCACACAACAAAUUGACAAUAAUAGAACUUGUCUGAACAGUCACAAAACUGUUAAAAUUGUCAUCAACUUAAAAUAGAUUUCAAAUGUCUAUACUUCUUUCGACAAACUUUACAAGCUUUUUAUGGGAAACAAAUUAAAUAACCUUUUAAUAAAACAUUCAUUAACCUCUGAGUCAGAUGAUAUAGUUUGUUGGGCACAACAGUUGAUUCAGUCUGUGGGGAAAACUGUUAGACAAACACUUUAUUAGGGCACAAUCAUUUAGUUAUUAUAAAUGAGAGUCUUUGUCAUGUGUUUAGCAGGAUUUUUCUUAUCUAGUUAUUUGUUUAAACUUUCUUAAAUUAAUUGGCUGCUUUAACCUUUGUGUCUGUCCUUCACAUUUUGAUUUCAAAUAAUAUUAACAUAAAAUCUCGUUUUAUUAGACCUUUUUUCCAGUAUAAUACCUGUCCAGUAAGAUCAGUCAAAUGACCAUAAUAUAUCCUCUGUUAAAUCUUGGACCAAAUAUACAAUGUGAUUUGUAAACAUAUUAGUUUUAAGAUCAUAUAUGAUCCGAUGAAAUAUAAGAUUACAAAUUUUAUAUGAAUAAUGAUACAAAUCUUAAGUAAAUAUACAUUUUUACUUCAUUUUGUAUCUGAAUGCAAAUCAAUAUUUAGCGAUAUGGAAUAUAGCAGGGAAUAUUUAUUGCUGAUCGUUUUCAUUCAAGUUUAUUUCAUAUUGUUAACAUUUUCUUAGGCUGAUACUCUGUUGUGAGAAAUUAACAUUAUAUGAUGGUACAAGACCAUGUAUGUUAGAUAACAUAGCUCUGGACGAGGGACGAACGAUUUCUGACACAUGGUCUGGACAGCAGCUCUGGACGAUAGACAGACAAUUUCUGACAGAUGGUCUGAAGAGCAGUGUAGGCAGGUAUGAAUAUUCAUUCUACAUGUGAAUAAGAAAUUUAUUUUGUCACUUUACACUUUCAUAGUUUCAUGGCCAUAUCUUCUAUAAUAGUCAGGAAUUAAGUUGGAUUUGUUUUGGAAUCAAAUCAUUUAUCUUAAGGAUGUUGAUGGAACAUUUGUUCUGUUUGUCAAGGAAAAGCUGGACCUGAAGUUGAAAUAUAUCAUUGUUGCGACAGUUGCUGAAAUAUCAAUAUUCUGAUAAUUUCAAAUAAGAUCUUAUGUCAUGUAUACUUUCAAUAUUUUUUGGGUGGUUUAAACUUAAACAAAUUGUGAUUAGUUUAAUCUUAAACAAGUUGUGAUUGGUUUAAAUCUGAAACAAAAUGACAGAUAAGUUUAGUGUGCCUGGUAAGAAUACAAAUCAGAUUGUUAUAUUAUAGUACAUGCACCACCAGAAAGAAUACCAUUUUGGCCCUGUAAUUUUUUUCCAACAUUUUUGCUGAUAUCUGAUUUUUUAGUUUUGCACAUUUGCUUAAUAUAUCUGCAUCAAGUAUAUUUACUUAGGGGCAAUUUUUUUGUAACAACAGUAAAUGAAUGUUCAACCUUUGUUGAUAAUUCCAGUAAAACUAUCAAAAUGCAUCAAUAUUAGUUGUGUUCAUUACUUUCAAUUCAUUGAUGAUGUAAAUGAAUAAAUAUUCAUCAACCAAUCAAAUGCUCUGCUUGGUUCAAGAUAGAAAAAUAAGGAGUAAAAUGAGAAUGUUUUUAACAGAAAAGAAAAAAUAUUUUUUUCAAAAUAACACUUUUGUUGGUUGUGAGAGAAGUUACUACUGUAACAUAUAUGUAAAUAUAUGUAGCCAAUAUUGUGGUAAUCGUACUGUUGUUUUCAGCAAACAACAAAAAGUUAUUUUUAGAAAAAGUAUUUAUCAUAUGCCAGAUAAAUUUUAUAAAAAAAGAGACAAUCUGAUUGUUCAAUAUAAUUCUAUACCAACACUUACUUUUUUAAAAAAAAGGCCUGUGGAAUGACAAUUUCAAGGUGGUUCCAUCAUAUUUCCACGUAUUAGGGUACAAAAAAAGGAGGUAGAAUUAGAUAUCUGAUUUUGAUUAGUUAAAAAAAAAAAAAAUCCUACAGUGACUUAGUGCAUGAACAACAAAACUAAUUUGCCUCUUAGUGUAGUGAGCAUUAUUGUUAAUAAGAGCUACAGUUAUGUAAUUGUCUGUAUCAGUGUUAUGGCAGUAGAUGCUUAUACAAUGCUAUGUGUUUUAUGCAAUACUUUUUAACAGUGUGAUUGGAUUACUGUGUCUAGGACUAACCGAGAUAAGUUAGCACAAUGCACCAAAUACUGACAAAGGUCCAAGUCAGAACUUUGUGAGAAUUUCUAGGCAAGAAUGUAUGCAAACUUUCAGGUAAGAACGGAUGUUGUGCAUGGGCAAGGUUUGAAUUGAUAAGAAGUUCUGGCAGCAAGGCAGAAAAUUUUGUAAAGUUCUUGGCAAGGUCCAAGUGAGGACUGUGUGCAAAUAGCUGUGCACAGUGAAGUCAGGAUUUAUGUACAGAAAUUUUGCAAGGCCCAGAGCAGGACUUUGUGAGAAGUUCUUCGCAAGGUCAAAGUGAGGACUUCAUGCAAAGAACUUGGAAAGGUCCAUGACAGAAAUUUUUGUGAAGUUCUGGGCAGGGUCAUUGUCAGAACUUUAUACGAAGAAAAGCUGAUAAUACUCUUGGUCUACAGUGCAAGUGUUGAUUGACGGUUGGCACAAGAAUCUUCCUAAUCAGCCUGUAUUUUUUAUUAAGAUGUUAUUGUUAAUCAUCAGUACCUACAAUGUUUAUAAGUAUGUAGCUAUUAUCCAUUUUAGAGCAUAUCUACACCAUAAUUUCAUGUACAGUAUUUUUGAUCUGUUAAAUUCCUAUUGUGGCUAGUUUUAUAGUUUAUUGGAUUGACGGCCAGGCUUUAUAAUGGUAUGUAUGAUACUAUGAUUGAAUACCUAGAGAAACAAUGGUUUGAAUGACAUGUCUCGUUACGUACAACUCACUAUAAACACCAAUCCUUGUAUCUCCUUCCCUCCCCAAACUCCUUUCCACAGACAUGUCAGUUGGAAUACACAAUGUAUUGUAACAGUUAUUUAUUGUAACAUACCUGCAGACAACACCUUAACAUGUACAUGUACUUCAUAUUUUCUACUUACCUUUUCUAAGUUUUGCAGUGUAAAAAUGAAAGCAGAGAGAUCUGAUCAGUGGCGUCGGUAUGGAUUGACAUUGAAAGUUUAAAAAAAAAAACCAGAUUAAAGAAUAAUUUCCAAAAUGGAAUUAGGUAAUAGUGCAGUUGUAAAUGAAUAUUUUUAUUAAUUUUGUAAAUUAGAAUGAUUGUUGCUUGCAGCUUAGUUUUCCUCAGUAAAUGCAUGAAACCAUACCAAAAAUUAUAUCAUAUUUUUAUAAAUGAAACAUCCUAAUUUUUUAUUGGUUUAAAACAUUAUUUGCAGACAUAAAAAAAUUAAAUAAACAAUGAAAUUCAUCUUUAGUAUUUAAAGUUAAAAAAAGAUAGGAAAAAAUCUUUAUAUGGAUUAGUAACGUAAAAGAAGAGAGACACUCUGUUUUAAAGAAUAGUGUUCUUUCCCCACUCAAUAUGCAUUCUGAAAUAUGUAGUAAUUCUACCAAGACUUUUCUUGCUACACACAAGUCCUCAUCACAACAACUUUCUCUUAAACAUAUCAACUAAAUCUUACAAUUUCAGUGUAUGAAAUUUAUUCCUUCAAGACUUCUAACGUCUUGUACACUAACCGCUAAACAACAGCUAUAAUUAUACAGUGCUAAAUUUACAACACUUGUCUACUGUAAGUGCUGAUUAAACUGGUGUUUGGCCUGUUGCUACCUGUGUAUUCCUGGCCCCAGCCUCUGUACCAGCGGAUGGCUUGUUUUCUGUCUCUGUAUAUCUCUGGAAUAGCUGGCCGGUGUAUAGUCUGGGAUUAACAAGUGUAUAGAAUCUGAUGUAUAAUGUCAUAAUUUGUAUGGAAUUGGAAGGGAAAUAAAUCUGAGAAGCGA